GGAACUGAACACCAAGUGCGUGGUGGAGAUGGAAGGGAACCAGACGGUCCUGCACCCUCCUCCGAACAGCAAGCAGGGCGAAAGGAAACCUCCCAAGGUAUUUGCCUUUGAUUAUUGCUUUUGGUCCAUGGAUGAAUCUAACACUACAAAAUAUGCUGGUCAAGAAGUGGUUUUCAAGUGCCUUGGGGAAGGAAUUCUGGAAAAGGCCUUUCAGGGGUAUAACGCUUGCAUUUUUGCCUAUGGACAGACAGGUUCGGGCAAGUCCUUCUCCAUGAUGGGCAAUGCUGAGCAGCUGGGCCUCAUCCCCAGGCUGUGCUGCGCCCUGUUUCAGAGGAUCUCUCUGGAGCAAAACGAAGCCCAGACUUUCAAAGUGGAGGUAUCCUACAUGGAAAUCUAUAACGAGAAAGUCCGGGACCUUUUAGACCCCAAAGGGAGUAGGCAGUCUCUUAAAGUUCGAGAACAUAAAGUCUUGGGACCAUAUGUGGAUGGUUUAUCUCAACUGGCUGUUACUAGCUUCGAAGAUAUUGAGUCAUUGAUGUCCGAGGGGAAUAAGUCUCGCACGGUCGCUGCGACCAACAUGAAUGAGGAGAGCAGCCGGUCCCACGCUGUGUUCAACAUCAUCAUCACCCAGACACUCUUUGACCUGCAGUCUGGGAACUCGGGAGAGAAAGUCAGUAAGGUCAGCUUGGUGGACCUGGCAGGCAGCGAAAGAGUGUCCAAAACGGGAGCUGCGGGCGAGCGCCUGAAAGAGGGCAGCAACAUUAACAAGUCUCUUACAACCUUGGGGUUGGUGAUCUCAUCACUGGCCGACCAAGCAGCUGGCAAGGGUAAAAACAAAUUUGUGCCUUACCGGGAUUCAGUGCUCACGUGGCUUCUCAAGGACAACUUGGGAGGCAACAGCCAGACCUCCAUGAUCGCCACCAUCAGCCCCGCAGCAGACAACUAUGAAGAGACCCUCUCUACGCUGAGAUAUGCGGAUCGAGCCAAAAGGAUUGUGAACCAUGCUGUGGUCAACGAGGACCCCAACGCCAGGGUCAUCCGGGAGCUGCGGGAAGAAGUGGAGAAGCUGAGAGAGCAGCUCUCCCAAGCUGAGGCUAUGAAGGCCCCAGAACUGAAGGAAAAGCUUGAGGAGUCGGAGAAGCUGAUCAGAGAGCUAACAGUCACUUGGGAAGAGAAGCUGAGGAAAACGGAAGAGAUCGCACAGGAGCGGCAACGGCAACUGGAAAGCAUGGGGAUCUCCCUGGAGACGUCCGGCAUCAAGGUGGGAGAUGACAAAUGUUACUUAGUCAACCUCAAUGCAGACCCCGCCCUCAAUGAACUCCUGGUUUAUUAUUUGAAGACUCAUACCAGGGUGGGUGCAGACACCUCUCAGGACAUACAGCUCUUUGGCAUAGGAAUUCAGCCCGAGCACUGUGAAAUCCACAUCGCAGCCGACGGAGAGGUUUCUCUUACCCCCAAAGAAAACGCAAGGUCCUGUGUGAACGGCACCCUGGUGUGCAGCACCACCCAGCUGUGGCAUGGUGACAGAAUCCUCUGGGGCAAUAACCACUUUUUUAGAAUCAAUUUGCCCAAGAGGAAGCGGCGAGACUGGCUGAGAGACUUUGAGAAGGAAGCGAGUCCACCAGAGCUUGACUUGGACGCAGCCAGUGAGGCGUCCUCAGAACCCGACUAUAACUACGAGUUUGCGCAGAUGGAGGUGAUCAUGAAAACGCUCAACAGUAAUGACCCAGUCCAAAACGUGGUCCAGGUCUUGGAGAAGCAGUACCUGGAGGAGAAGCGGAGUGCCCUGGAGGAGCAGCGGCUCAUGUACGAGCGGGAGCUGGAGCAACUCCGUCAGCAGCUCUCUCCUGAGAGGCAGCCGCCCAACAGCAGCCCUGACCGCCUGGCCUACAGCAGCCAGACAGCUCAGCAGAAGGUGACCCAGUGGGCAGAGGAAAGGGAUGAGCUCUUUCGGCAAAGCUUGGCAAAACUCCGAGAGCAGCUGGUGAAAGCUAAUACGCUGGUGAGGGAAGCAAACUUCUUAGCUGAGGAAAUGAGUAAACUCACUGAUUACCAAGUGACCCUGCAGAUCCCGGCUGCCAACCUCAGCGCCAAUAAGAAGAGAGGGGCGAUUGUGAGUGAGCCAGCUAUUCAAGUGCGGAGGAAAGGGAAGAGCACCCAAGUGUGGAGCAUUGAGAAGCUGGAGAAUAAAUUAAUUGAUAUGAGAGACCUUUAUCAAGAAUGGAAAGAAGAAGUCCCAGAGGCAAAGAGACUCUAUGGGAAACGAGGUGACCCUUUCUACGAAGCCCAAGAAAACCACAACCUCAUUGGUGUGGCUAAUGUGUUCUUGGAGUGCCUCUUCUGCGACGUGAAGCUGCAGUACGCAGUCCCCAUCAUCAGCCAGCAGGGGGAGGUUGCAGGGCGUCUCCAUGUGGAGGUAAUGCGCGUCACGGGGGCCGUUCCAGAGCGCGUGGUGGAGGACGACUCCUCGGAGAACUCCAGUGGAAGUGGGAGCCUGGAAGUCGUAGACGGCAGCGGGGAGGUCAUUCACCGAGUCAAAAAACUGACGUGCCGGGUAAAAAUCAAAGAGGCAUCUGGACUGCCCUUAAACCUCUCGAAUUUUGUCUUCUGUCAAUACACAUUCUGGGACCAGUGUGAGUCCACAGUGGCUGCGCCUGUGGUGGACCCAGAAGUGCCUUCCCCACAGUCCAGGGACGCCCAGUACACCGUCACCUUCUCCCACUGCAAGGACUAUGUGGUGAGCGUAACAGAAGAAUUCCUGGAGUUCAUUUCUGACGGAGCAUUGGCGAUUGAAGUCUGGGGCCACCGGUGUGCUGGGAACGGAAGCUCCGUCUGGGAAGUGGAUUCCCUUCACGCUAAAACCCGGACGCUGCAGGACAGGUGGAAUGAAGUGACUCGCAGAAUUGAGAUGUGGAUCUCCAUACUGGAGCUGAACGAGUUAGGGGAAUAUGCGUCCGUGGAACUUCACCAGGCUAAAGAUGUCAACACGGGCGGCGUCUUCCAGCUGAGACAGGGCCAUUCCCGUCGAGUGCGGGUCGCGGUGACGCCUGUGCAGCACUCGGGGACGCUGCCGCUCAUGGUGGAAGCCAUCCUGUCCGUCUCCGUGGGCUGUGUAACAGCCAGGUCUACCAGGCUCCAGAGAGGGCUGGACAGUUACCAGCAGAGAGAUGAUGAGGAUGGUGAUGAUAUGGAUAGUUAUCAGGAAGAAGAUCUGAACUGUGUACGAGAGAGGUGGUCUGAAGCGCUCCUCAAACGCCGGGAAUACUUAGAUGAACAGAUUAAGAAAGUCAGCAACAAGCAGGAGAAAACAGAGGACGAUGUGGAGCGGGAAGCCCGGCUCGUGGAGCAGUGGGUGGGGCUGACUGAGGAGAGGAACUCGGUGCUCGUCCCAGCGCCGGGCAGUGGCAUCCCAGGAGCGCCUGCCGACUGGAUUCCACCUCCUGGAAUGGAAGCCCACAUCCCUGUUCUCUUCCUCGAUUUGAACGCGGAUGAUCUCAGCGCCAACGAGCAGCUCGUCGGUCCCCACGCGUCGGGGGUGAACUCCAUCCUGCCCAAGGAGCACGGCAGCCAGUUUUUCUACCUGCCCAUCAUCAAGCACAGUGACGAUGAGGUUUCAGCCAUCGCCUCGUGGGACUCCUCAGUGCAUGACUCCGUUCACUUGAACAGGGUCACGCCCCAGAAUGAGAGGAUUUACCUGAUAGUGAAGGCCACCGUCCAGCUCAGCCACCCGGCUGCCAUGGAGCUGGUCUUGCGCAAACGGAUCGCGGCUAACAUUUACAAUAAGCAGAGCUUCACCCAGAGUUUGAAGAGGAGAAUAUCGCUGAAAAACAUAGUUUAUUCCUGUGGUGUCACCUAUGAAGUAGUAUCCAAUGUACCAAAGGCAACCGAGGAGAUUGAGGACCGGGAGACGCUAGCUCUCAUGGCGGCAAGGAGUGAGAACGAGGGCACGGCAGACGGGGAGACGUACAUCGAGAAGUACACGCGGGGUGUGCUGCAGGUGGAGAACAUUCUGAGCCUAGAGCGGCUCCGCCAGGCUGUCACUGUCAAAGAAGCAUUUUCCACCAAAGCCCGGCACCUGCGGAGGAGCCUCAGCACACCAAACGUCCACAAUGUUUCUUCCAGCCGAGCAGACCUCUCUGGCUUUGACGAGGAUGAUAAGGGUUGGCCAGAGAACCAGUUGGACAUGCCUGACUACAGCUCCAGUUACCAAGAUGUAGCCUGCUAUGGGACUUUACCCCGAGAUUCACCUCGAAGAAGUAAAGAAGGUUGCACGUCAGAGAAUCCUCACGCCUUACUGGUCAGCCCAUUGAAGGCAUUCUCUCCUCAGCCACCAAAGUUCUUCAAGCCCCUCAUGCCUGUGAGAGAGGAGCAUAAGAAGAGGAUAGCUCUGGAGGCAAGGCCUCUCCUCAGCCAGGAGAGCAUGCCUCCAUCUCAGGCCCAUAACCCUGGCUGCCUUGUGCCCUCAGGAAGCAAUGGCAGCAGCGUGCCAGUAGAACUCGAUAGCAAAUGUCAGAGGAAGAUUGACUCGGAGGAGGAGGAACACGAGCUGGGAGCUAUGAACCAGAAGCUGAUAAGCUCACAGCCUUAUGUACCUGUGGAGUUUGCCGACUUCAGUGUUUACAAUGCCAGCUUGGGGAACAGGGAGUGGUUCCCCUCUAAAGUAGAUCUGACAAGCUCCCGAGUGGCCGAGAAAGAAGUGUCCCGGAGCCCUACCACCAGCAGUAUUACCAGUGGCUACUUUUCCCACAGUGCCUCCAAUGCCACCCUGUCGGACAUGGUGGUCCCCUCCAGUGACAGCUCAGACCAGCUGGCCAUCCAGAGCAAGGAUGCAGACCCCCAGGAGCACUCUGGGCCCUCACUUGUGCAGGAGUGCCGACCGCCCACAGACAAAGAGUUGACAGAACUGGAAAGAGGCUUGGUGAAGGAUAAGUUACCCAUGGUGCCACCCAAGGAAAACAGUGCCUUAGCCGAAGGGAGCCCAUCGUCCCAAGGCAUCCCUGAGGAAAACUCCAAAGUACCCUGCAGGACUGGCUCGUGUUCCCAGCUGGACACCGGCCCCAGCAGACAUGGCCCACCGGCCAGGGAGUUCUCCCCCGUGGAGGUGACCGUGGAGCACACCACGAGCAUCCUGGAGGAUCAUUCUUUCACGGAGUUCAUGGGCGUGUCGGAGGGGACUGCUUUAGAUGGCCUGACGGAUUCUUCUGCCGGAGAACACCUGAGGAGGAAGAACCUACCAAAUCCAACAGACAGUAAAAGUGCCCCCCAUGGGCGCCCCGACCCUGGCAUUCUGCACCAGACGUGAUCAGGGGACCACAGCAAGUACACGUGCGAGGUGAGGCCAAGGCACCUCCGGCCACUGCUCUGCUGGGCGGGCAGCUUUGCUCCACGGCACCAAGCACCAGCUUCCAUCUUUAAAGCGUGCUGCGGCCCUGGCCGACCUCUGACCAGCUCUGCUCGGACAAGCAGAGACCCGUCUCCUGAGCCACCUCCUUCCCCUGCCAAGUGGGAGGAGUGGCACUUUGUCACUUGGGUGAAUGGGCAACCACUGCUUUUUCCAGAAAGCAAAGGAACCGAGACCUGGAUUAAUUAAGUGGCAGUAUUUUUCGUUUGCACUUCUACACACCCCUAAACUGUAGAAACCUCUACAGAUCCAAACCAAGUAAUCUUUAUUCUUAUACAACUUUGAUCAAUUCUUACUGUAGACUCUGGAGUUAAUGCUCUAAUUUGUUUGUUGGUUUUUUAAAUAAUAUAUAUAUGUAUGUAUGUAUAUGAAAUGUGUAUCUAUAUUUUGUCCGGAGACAGACGUGGCUGCACACUAAAAUGCAGAUAAAGCUGAAUUGUAAAAAUCAUUAGGUACUGGACUUCGUUACAAAGCAACGUGAGCAGUCCCUUUGGCUCAAGCGAAGGAGAGUGAUUGCGUGAGAGCAAGGUUGCAAAUCCCUCUGCAAAAAAGGUAAUAGAAUGCUGUUCUUUAUAACCAAAGAACUUACAUGAAACUGUACGUUGUUGGUGUGCACUGGUGUGUGUGUGUGUGCGUGCUUGUUUAACUGCUACUUUGGUGCCAUAGACCCUUGGCUACCAAGCCACGCGCUGACGGUCUCUGUCCUAUGUUUCAUAAGCACACGGAAAACUCACAACUGUAGUCUUUCGGGCUUCCACCUGACUGCCACUUGCUGACUUGGCCUCGUAUUAUAACCCUUGACAAUGCCUGGGGUUCUCCCCGCUGCAGUUCCAUUGCCAGGUGUGCAGCCCAGCCAGGCAGGUAGAAAGCAAGCGGAGAGCAGUAUUACUGUCAGAAAGCAAAGGGGCAGACCAAGAGUUGG